AUGCUCGUGGACGAGUGUCCAUGGGCCCUGCAGGUGACCGAAGAGUCCGAUCGCGGAUCGGUAAAUGCGAACCUGGACAGAGAGCGGAAGACAGUGAGACUGACAGUGACCAGGAGCAGCAAGAGCCUCAAGGUGAGUCUGCUUCUGGUUCUGCAGGUCCAGCUAUCGAAGUGGAGGAAGUGGAGUACACUCGCCGUCAACAGGUCAGUCCAAGAAAGAAAGAGAGGUCGACUUCCUGUUCCAGGACGCACCAAACUGAAAGGCAGAACUUCCUUGGCUGAGAUCCUUGAAGCCUCUCCUGUGGAGAUUGCGAAGGUUCUCUUCCAGAAAGGCUUUUGCAGUGAAGCUCCUGCAGCUCGAACUUGCAGUUGCCAGAGUCCCAAGUGGAAGUUGGAGCCUCUGGAGGUGCUUGCAACUGGCGCUGCAAAGUGUGCAGGAAGACUGCCAUUGCAGGAGCUCUCUGGCUCUUCUUCCAAGCUCGACCUCUCACCAGACGACUGCAGCUUGCUUCUGGGCGUGGAUGGCAUUUCGAACGCUUUUCGAGUCCAACCAGCACUUCGUGCCGAUCGACCAGAUGAACGACGCCAUCGUGGUUUGGAAGGUGCAGCGCAGAUGUCGAGCUGGUAUCUGGCAGUUGGCGUGGAUCCAGUUUUGGUUUGGCUGAAGCGUUUGGGCAACCGCAUCACUCGAAAGGGUCAAGGUGGAGGCGGCCCCAUUUCUGUUGAAGAGAUGCCAAUUCUGGCAGGAAGCGUUUGCCACACUGACGGCGCGAAAGCGUAUCGGUGGUUGUCGAGUCCACUGAACGAUGGAACUUUGGUAGACGCUGCUGGGUUGAAGCUUUCACACACGUGUGUGAAGCAUAAACCGCCCCACCCAGAAUUUUCCAAGAAAAUGCGGGUCCAAGUGUGGGUUGGAGACCACUACGAGGAGCAGCUAAGAGUUGGAGGGACCCAGAAGAUAGAUGGGUUUUUCGCGAGUUUCCGACGUGUUGUUGGAAGACGCCCCUUCAACACUGUAGGCCCUUCCUCUGAAGAGAAGGCGCCCCGCAUGGAGCAGCUCAUGCAUUUCCAUGUGCGACUUUUCCAGCUGAAGCACUGGUUUGGAGGCCAAGAUAUGUUUGCCGUUUUUGGAAAGCUUCGACAGUCUCAAAGAGACGUUGGGGCUGUGACUUGGGCAUCCAUGUCUGCCUUCAAACCGCCUUUCGUAAACCCGGAGCCUGUACAGCGCAAUCCGGUAGUUGUUCGUGACGGAGUGCAAGUCCUCACCUUGGACUGA